AUGGCCGACGCUCCUUCCUCUCCAGAAGCUCCCCUUGCUGCCCUCCCCUCCAUCACAGCAACUCGCUUGGAUGCCCCCAAGCGCUUUCUCUCCCCCGUAUCUGAUGACGCCGUCUCUCCUGUGCUCGCUACAUCUCGCCGCCCCACCACAUCCCGAUUGUGUACCCCUCCAGCCUCCCCUCGACGCACCACAAUGACGGCCCCUGCAUCCACAAACCCCGCGAUCUCCACCAAGGGAUGGCAAUUGACAGCAAUGUGCGAUGCGCACGAGAACUUUGAAGCAGUCCGCCGAGUUUCCGCCCUGAACGCAGAAGAAGUUGACAAGGCGAUCCAUGAUUUCGAGGCUAUGGGCAUACCUAUUGUCAUUCAGGACUGGGACAAACUGGAACAAUGGGACCCUGAAUUGUUUAGCUUGGACUGGCUGACACAGAGUAUGGAUGAUCAAAAUAUUCGUGUACGAAAUGUCCACAACCUCCAGGACAGUGAGAUGCCAAUCCUAGAUUUUGUGAAGAAAUCUCGGGCGCAAAGUAUUCACCGCACCGACGAAGAAACGGAACGGCUUUAUUGGAAGGAUGCGGACUGUCCUCAAGGCUGGCGAAAGUGGUUGCGGGAUAACCUUCCUGGCGGUAUUCUACCCGGAAAUCCCAAGGACCUCCUUCGCCAUCUUCCGAAAUCGAAGAACGUUGAGUCUAUGAUGUGCUACCUCGGCAUUGGUGAUACGUUCACAGCAUCCCACAAGGACAUAGCUGCGUCCACAGGUCACAAUCUCAUGUGUUUCUCGGAACACGGGGGGUCUUCCUACUGGUUUAUGACGAAAACGUCGGACGCCGCCACCGUAGCGGAGUACUUUCAAGAAACACUCCACCAGGAGCUUGAUUGGGAGAACCAUGUCACGACCAUCCGCGAGUUCGGCGACGCUCCCUUUACCGUGUACGUCACAGAGCAGAAGGUCGGCGACCUUAUUUUGGUCCCUUCGCGAGGCGUGCACCAGGUGGUGAACCAAGGGGGACUUGCCAUGAAGGCGAGUUGGUCGCGAAUGACAUUCACGAACAUGAAGGACGCUCUCCACUCGGAACUCCUCAUAUACCGCCGCGUCUGUCGCCCUGAACAAUAUCGAGUCAAGGCGACAGUGUACAGUUCGUUGCUCUCAUACACUGACGAGCUUCGAAAGGCUCUCGAGCUCGCAGCCGCCUCGACGACCGACUCCGAAUUGGUUGACCGAAAUAUUUCACACGAGGACGCCCAGCCCUUGGAUACGAACUUGAAGUUCGCUGUGGCGCCAUGUCUAAUCCGGGUCUUGAAGUUCUUUCAGCAAGUUCUACGAGACGAAUACGACGACGGUCACGACCAGUAUCCUCACCUCGCGUCUGACGAAGUCGAGUUGUCACACCUCGCCUGCGAUUUCUGUGGGGCCGACAUCUUCCAAAGCUUCUUCGAAUGCUCUGCAUGCGGUGAUGCUGAAGGAAAGGGCGUUGGUUUCGGCCUCAUAAUCUGCCCCGGUUGCUACGUUGAAGGCCGCACAUGCGAAUGUGACAACAUGACGCCGUCCCAAUGUCGACCAAUCAAUAUACUGAUUGAGGCGUACAACGGCGCUGCUCGGAUUCUACAUCAGGCCGGGUACAAGAAUAUCAGGUGA